GUGUGGGUGUGGGUGUGGGUGUGGGUGUGGGUGUGGGUGUGGGUCUGGAUGAAGACAAGACCAAAACCCGCACCACCCACACCGACAGCCACACCCACGCCUACACCCGCACCCACACCCACACCCACACACUCACACACCCACAUCCACACCCACACCCACACCCACAUUCAUUUUAUGCAAAUAAAGGACAAUGUUCUUGAUAAUUUGAAUAGAGUAAAGCAGGACUUAAAUCGAUGAAAGCUUACUUUCGUAACUCUUUCCGGACUUGGAAAACAAAUUCCGGAUUUCUCCUUCUUAUACCUGGCAACUCUGGUUAUAAGUAACUUUUUUGAUAUGCUACAAUCGAUGAAGCACUUUGUCGACGAAAUGUUCUUUCGACAAAAAUUUGUCGACCAACAACAUGUUUACCGCACAUAACAUAGAAUGUUUAAUUCUAAUUAGUAGCGUCACCUAUAUCAUUUAUUUUUCAACAAGAGCUUAAAUCAAAGCAAAGUCUCUUUUGGAUGUUUAACCGGUGGGAAAAAGAAAAAGCAGCUUGGUUUUUUAGAGCAAAAACUGUUGAAUUAUUUCUUGUCUACGAAUAGAUGAGCAGACAGCUGUAAAAUUACAUGUAUAGAUGCCACUCGAUAUCCACAACAUAUUAUCUAUCGAUUUCUCUAUUAUUUGAUACAUUCUCUACACAGAAUAAACUGAACCACGUGACUAUUACCAUCUUUUAUUCUCGUCAUUUAUACACAUGGAUACACCUACCCAUUUAGAAGAUUUAUCAAAUGAGAUUUUCUUCGAAAUAUUUGAUUAUUUACAUGCUCUUACUUCAUUGAAUACACGAAUUUUGUCUAUUCUACAAUCAAUUCCACUUCAUGUUAUCAUCCUAAACAGUCAUUUUGAUCGAGAAAUCUAUUUUCUUUCUUCUCAUCUCACUUUUCAUGCUCAUCAAGUCGUCUCACUAUAUAUUUAUGAUACAAUUCGUGAUCGUUCAUCUAGUAUCAGUUUACUAUUUAAUCAACAUCAAUUUACUAAUCUUCAAUCAUGUAUAUUCAUGUCGGUUAAUCCAUCAACUAAACUUGAAAAUGUUAUUAAACAAGUUGAAAGUUGAAAUAGACUUAUUUCAUUUGCGAUCAAACAACCAAAUGAGAAAAAUAUGAAUGAAAACGACAAGUGGGAUUUAACUCGAACUAUAUUGAUGCACAAGUCAUCUUAUCUUCGUUCAGUUGUGCUUAAAUAUCCUUAUGAUUACGUAGAUGUAUCAAAUUAUAUUUCAAUUGUUUCGAAUACUACAUCAAUUAAUUUGUUAAUGUUUGUCUCACAUAAUACACUGUCCGUUUAAUUCGAUUUUGUCAAUUCUUCGUGUUUGUUAUAGAAUAAGAUAUCUACAUACGAUAAUAAAACAUGAAGUUCUAUUUCAAAAUAAUAAUGUAAAGGAAGUUGCAAGGAAAAUAUUAAAGGAAAAUCUGUAUAAGAUAAGAUUAAAAAUCAAAUUCUUUUUCUUUUAGUGUUUUAAUUGAAACGCCACCUAUUAAUGAAAAUGAUCUUCCUAUAUCACUACAAAUGAGAUCUUUCGAUUUAACAAUUUUUGCUGUAUGUGACAGUCGUGCAAUUGCUUAUAUUUUACGUUGUAUGCCUAAUCUUAUUCGUUUUAAUUUUCUUUAUGCAAGAUGUUGA